AAUAAUUCUCACUUUCCUAUCAAAAUUAUUCAAGAACAUUGAUGAAAAUGAAACCAACAUUGUGAUCUCAGAUUCAGACCAAAACAAUUGAUUUGCACAAAGAAUUAAAUGCACCCCAGUUUGGAUACAGCCCUGUUCUGUUCCCAUCAUUACAUGUGCUUUUGCUCCUUCUAACACUCAGUGAUCUUUAAGUUAAUUUACUGUGUGCAUUAUUGUGUAUCAACACACUGUUUUUUGAUCAUUUUGGCCUUUCUGUAUUCACUUUAAUGCAUUUGGGUCAGUGAUCUUUCUCCAUUUUUGUGUGCAAAAUCUAAUCUUUGAACUGGCUCUUGAAUUGCUGCAUUUGGGUUGGCAAGUUUGAGGAGCUGGGGUUGUUAUAUGUUCAUUUGGGUAUCUUAGAUUUGAAAUCUUGGAUUGUUGUGAUUUUUAUUUUGAAUGAUUUAGGAGUGGAGAUGAGAGAAGGUUUAGGGUCUGCUUGGAGAUGAUUUCGGGGUCAUUGGGACUCCGGUCAGGAAGUUAUGGGUCAUUGCAGUUACAAUCAAAUCAAGAAGUACAAUCAUCACUUGUUGUUGUUAGGAAACCUCAGAAAAUGUAUAAGGAGAAGGAGGGAUUGGUUCAUUGGUUCUUCAAGGUUGCGCCGCGGAGGAAAGUGGGAAUGCUGCUGUUGUGUGCGAUUUCGGCUGUGGUUUUCGGAUGGGUGUUGUAUUUUGGCAAAGAUGGACAGCAGGGCGUCCAGAUUCCGAGCUUGGGGCUUAAUGGCACUUCAGAGUUAGGCACUCACAGUUAUUUUUCACCAAAUAAUGUUGAUCAAUAUAUACAUAUGGAAUUGAAUUCAUCUGUACAGAGUGAUUUUGGAAGAUUUAUGUCGAAGCCUUCUCCACCGCCAGUUUAUUUUAAAGGCUAUACCCUUCCCCCCGGAAAUCCCUGUGAAAGUUUCACGUUACCUCCCCCACCAGCAGAUAAGAAAAGAAUCGGACCACGUCCAUGCCCAGUAUGUUACCUUCCUGUUGAAGAAGCUAUAUCUUUAAUGCCGAAUGCCCCAUCAUUCUCCCCAGUAAUUCAGAAUUUAACCUACAUCACAGAAGAAAAUUCGACUAGAAGUGAGUUUGGAGGCUCAGAAUUUGGAGGAUAUCCAACUCUCAAGCAGCGAAUUAAUUCUUAUGACAUAAGAGAAUCAAUGAGCAUCCACUGUGGAUUUGUUAGAGGGAUAAAGCCUGGACGGCAGACAGGAUUUGAUCUUGAUGAUUCGGACCUUUUUGAGAUGGAUAGAUGUCAAGGGAUUGUUGUUGCAUCAGCAAUAUUUGGGGCUUAUGAUCUGAUACAACAACCAAAGAAUAUUAGUGAAACUGCCAAGAAAAAUGUAUGCUUCUUUAUGUUCGUAGAUGAAGAAACAUACAGAUUUAUGACAAAAUCCAGUGAAUUGAACAGCAGCAAGAAUAUUGGAUUGUGGAGAAUUGUCGUCAUCCACAGCCUGCCUUACCAUGACCCCAGAAGAACUGGGAAGGUACCAAAGCUUCUGUUGCACAGGCUUUUCCCUAAUGCCAGGUACUCAUUAUGGAUCGAUGGAAAACUUGAACUUGUUGUCGAUCCCUAUCAAAUUCUAGAAAGGUUCUUGUGGAGGAAAAAUGCCAGUUUUGCAAUAUCUAGGCACUAUAGGCGCUUUGAUGUCUUUGUUGAAGCAGAGGCUAACAAGGCUGCCGCAAAAUAUGAUAAUGCAUCCAUCGAUUUUCAGGUUGACUUUUAUCGAAGAGAGGGUCUAACCCCAUAUUCAGAAGCAAAGCUUCCGAUCACUAGUGAUGUUCCUGAAGGAUGUGUUAUCAUAAAGGAGCAUAUUCCUAUUGCCAAUCUAUUUAGUUGUCUUUGGUUCAAUGAAGUUGAUCGAUUUACUCCAAGGGACCAGAUAAGCUUUUCAACAGUAAGGGACAAGAUAAUGUCAAAAACAAAUUGGACCGUCAAUAUGUUCCUCGAUUGCGAAAGGCGCAACUUUGUAGUGCAGGGGUACCAUCGAGAUGUACUUGAGCAUUGGGCUCCCCCUCCACCUCCUGGAGUUAUUUCUAUUUCACAUCCUCCACUACCUGCUGCAGAAAACAAAAAAUUGCAUGGUGUUUCAAGAGAUAUAGUUGCAGCUAAUGCGACUAAAGUCCCUUCUAGACGCGGGAAAGAUAGAUCUGGUUCAAGGCGUCAUCGCAAAGUUACUGCUGGUAGUAGAGAUAUUAAUUAAGUUCAGAAUUUGGUUUAGUGAGAUAGUGUAUGGACUUUCCUUCCCUGCCUAAACAUUGCGGGGCUAGGACCUAGGAAUUUGCAGGGCUACGCAAUGCAGUUGUGUUUGCUACUGCAGUAUCUCAUGUCAGAUUCCAUAGCCGCAGCUCCAUUUUUGUAGUAUAUAAAAUAUAUAAAAGUUCAAAUAAAUUGUUCAGAUGGGUUUCCUUUUA